UGUAAGAUAAAGCGAGAUGUUACGUCGCGUAACGUGUAUGUGUCUAACUGCUUUCCCUCUAUCUCUCUUUCUCCCUCUUUCAUUCUCUGAUAUGUAUUUCCAUAAUAAUAUCUCGCGAACGUCGAGCCAUACCGAGGGAACCCUCGAUGCACACGAGGUCAGUGCACGUCCAGCCUCCAAGCACACCAUGUGCUUCCUCCUUCUCAUUUAUCUCCUCUUAUCGGGGCACGUCGUGAAUGUUUUCACGGAGGAGGCCGACUGCCUGGUUUACAACCACCUGUAUGUCUGCCUGGAGAACGACAACGUUCUUCACAGCGUCGCAUUCGAGGACGUCAUCGCCGUUCAGACGAUCGAGGACAUCGAGCUGCAUCUGGAGAAUCUCGAGCUCGUUGACAUUGCCAAGAACGCCUUUGCCGAGGUCAGCAACUCGUCCGCCCUUUACGCCCGCGAUAAUCGACUGUCAACUAUCGGCCGGCAUUACUUCGGCACUCUUAACCAGCUCACCUACUUGGACCUGAGGAACAACACGAUCACCAAUCUAGAAGAGGGUGCCUUCGCGAGGCUGAGCGAGCUGGAGACCCUGCUGCUGGAUCACAACAACAUCUCGACCUUUCGACCUGGCGUGUGGAAGGGCCUCGCGGAAUUACACGAGCUCUACAUCACCAACAACCGGCUCGUGCUGAGGAGGAACAUGUUCAAGGGACUCAGGCAGUUGGAAACGCUGGUCCUGGAUUCGAAUGAGAUAGAGGAGAUACCGAUCGGCACAUUCAACGGAUUGUCGCACAUAGAUCUUCUCUAUUUGUCGCGCAACAAGAUCUCGUUGUUGCACCCCGAUGUAUUUCGCGGUCUUGAAGAGAUAAACGAGCUCGACCUAGGUAGAAAUCAGCUGACGGCGAUUCCCACCGGUGUUUUUCGACAUAUGAAGUCGCUGAAUUCGCUCUGGCUGAAUGGCAACCGAUUGACGGUACUGAAAUCCGAUGCAUUUCAUGGUCUGGACAAUUUAUUGUUUCUGUUUCUAAACAACAACGAUCUUCGUUACGUGGACAUGGCAGCGUUCGUAGGAAUGAAGAACGUGACUAUAGAUCCCGGCUUCAAGAUACACGGUUCGCCAGUCGACGACUUCGGAAAAGUCCAUGGUCAUUAUCAGUGCAGUAGCGUGGCGUAUGAAGCACCAUACGAUUGUACGAAAAUCGAUUCGUAGAGUCGAGGAGCUAGAGCUCGAGUUUUAAAGGGUUACGGUGAGGAUAGCACGCCUGCCUCUCAUCCCUGCUACAGAAGAACCUCCAUGGACUAUGGAUGGUACGCGCCGA